AAUACACCAAUAAUUAUUAUUAAGCGCGGAUUGCACGUAUCAUUGUACCAAACGCACAUGACAAUAAAAUGUUUUUAAAAACCGUGUGUUACACGUAUUGUAUGAAGCACGCAAAGCAAAUACGAGUUCGUGCGCGUAUUGCGUACGGAUAGGUUGGGUAUAAAAGUGGUAAUGAACGACGCACAAAUGUUUCGGUAAAAUAUGCGAGGAACCGCUAUCGUUUAGGACUUUGCAGCGGCGGUACGCGCGCCAACGAAGUCGUACCGUGCGUGUAUACAUUAUCGCGGUAUUUGGGAGACGUCAAAUUAUUAGUCGGUCGGCCGGACGGUACUGGGAAGAGCUAUUUAAUAUUAUGGCCAAGCGUAUACUCUGAACUAUUCAGUACAACUUUUGCCUGUAAACCGGAUCGGGCAUUUGUGACAAUGUUGUCGCCGUUCCGUUCGUUACCGGUUGCGCUUUGCUUUUUUGCGUCAGCCACCGCCGCGGUUUUCCAAUGUCCGUUGGGCUCGUCCGACUGGCGCUUCUCGAACGGAAAUACCAGUAUCAUGGGGACAGCAAGGGUACCCGGUGGCGUGUUCGCCGACCUCCGAGCCAACGGCGUUUUGAAGGAAGACCCGUUGCGCCGGUACAACGAUGUAGCUUAUCGAUGGGUGUCUGAGGACGAUUGGACGUACACGGUGACUUUCGACGUUGAUUCAAAUUUGGAAUUAUUCAAUAAGAAAUUUAUUAUUUUUGAUGGAAUAGAUACAAUUAGUGAAAUAUAUUUGAAUAAAAAACUAAUUGGCUCAACGAAUAAUAUGUUUGUAAAGUACACCUUUUCAGUUGAGCAGUACCUUGAGAAAGAAAAAAAUGUGCUAGAAGUCAUAAUUAAGUCGUCUAUACGUAUGGCGAACAUUUAUUUCAAUAAUUCAUCAAAUAAAAUACCACCAUUUUGUGUUCCAAAAGAAUAUAAUGGCGAAUGUCAUGUCAACUACGUAAGAAAAAUGCAAAGUUCAUUCGGAUGGGAUUGGGGACCUGCAUUUCCCUCUAUUGGAAUAUGGAAAAGCGUACGUUUGGUUAUGUUUCAAAAUAAUUUAUUAGAGAGUAUUAAAACCUAUACAAUUAGAGUAAAUGCUUCACACUGGUUAUUAAAAACAGAUAUAUAUGUCAAAUGCUUUGGAAGUAUUACUGAUGCUAAAGUUAAAUUAAUUUUAAAUACUGAACAUAAUAUUUUAAGUAAUGAACAAGAUUGUUGUAAUGGUAUAUGCGUUCAAAAUGAAACACACGCAGCGAUUGAAUUAUACGUGCCUUCGGCUGAUGUAAAUACUUGGUGGCCGAAUGGAUACGGAGAACAGCCAUUGUAUAAUUUAAGUAUAGAAUUUAAUACUAUAAAUAACAUUCAAUCAAAAAAUAUUUGUAUAGGAUUUAGAACAGUAGAACUUAUUCAAGAACCAAUAGACGAAAAAUAUCCAAAUAUGGGGUUAUCUUUUUAUUUUAAAAUCAAUGGUGUAGCAAUAUUUUCUAAAGGUUCUAAUUAUAUACCAGCCAAUAUAUUUCCAGAGAAAAUGAAUAAUAAAGAUGUUAUUAAUUAUUUAUUAACAUCAGCGAAAAAAGUUCAUAUGAAUACUAUUCGUAUAUGGGGUGGCGGAGUGUAUGAAUCUGAUGAUUUUUAUAAAAUUUGUGACAAAUUAGGUAUUAUGAUAUGGCAAGAUAUGAUGUUUGCUUGUAAUAUGUACCCAGCAAAUGAACAGUUUUUAGAAACAGUAAGGAUAGAAAUAAAACAACAAAUUAGAAGAUUACAACAUCAUCCCAGUAUAGUAUUGUGGGCAGGUAAUAAUGAAAAUGAAGCUGCAUUGAGAGGUAAUUGGUACGGAACAAGAAACAAUUUUUCUUUCUUUGCUUCUGACUAUAUUGCACUAUAUGUCAACACAAUAAAAAAAAUAGUAUCAGAGGAGGAUAAAUCAAGAUAUUAUUUGGUGUCGAGUCCAACAAACGGAUUAAAGUCUGAAGAAGAAAACUAUAUAGCAGAAAAUCCAUAUAGUGGUUUAUAUGGAGAUGUCCACUAUUAUAAUUAUGAAGUAAAUAGUUGGAGUUCAAUUUUUUUUCCAUGGACUAGAUUUGCAUCAGAAUAUGGAUUACAGUCUCUUCCUGCUUAUCAAACAUUGCAAAAUGCUCUAGAUGAAAAUGAUUUAAUUAAUUUUCCCUCGCCCGCACUAAUUCAUAGACAACAUCUACCUUUAGGCUAUGGAUUUAUGUUAUAUCAAAUAGAAUCUAAUUUACCUGUCCCAUUAAAACCAACUGUUAGUGAUUAUGUAUACUUAAGUCAAAUUGUUCAAGCUAGAGCUAUGAGAAUACAAACCGAGUGGUAUCGAAAACAUAGAAACACAUUAUUAAAAGACGGCAGAGGUUUAACAAUGGGUGCUUUAUACUGGCAGCUAAAUGAUGUUUGGCAAGCACCUACUUGGUCAUCAAUUGAUUAUGAUCAACGAUGGAAAAUGCUACACUAUAGUGCAAUUGAUUUUUUUUCACCAAUUAUUGUAGUUCCAGAAUUAGAAAUAUCAAAUAAUUUGACCAUUUAUCUUGUUUCUGAUAUGUUAGUCGACUCGGAAGUAAUUUGUAAAAUAGAGAUAUAUAGCUGGGAAAGCAAUAUACCACUUGCUACUUAUAUAUCAGACACUAUAUUAUUGAAAAAAAAUGGAGCUCAGUUAAUUAUGAACAAAAAUUAUUUUAAUUGGUUAAAAUCAAUGACAGAUAAAUGUGGGCUAAAUAUAACCCAACAGAUUCAAUCUUGUUUUUUGCACACAAAGUUAUAUUAUAAUAAUUUGAAUACGACUGAGGCCUCUCCAUCAAACUACUUGUUCCCCUCAUCACUUAACAAGAUUAUUGGUUAUAAGUCGCCUAAUAUAUUGGUUUCUAAAAUUUGGCAAGAAGACGAGAAAGAAAUUAAUAUCAAACUGGAAUCAACAGGAAUAGCUUUAUUUGUUUGGCUGAAUAUCAAUCAUAUAGAUGGUUCUUUUAAUGAAAAUGGAUUUAUUAUGUUAAACAAAACAAAAAUUGUAAAAUAUACAUCAAACAAAGAUAUAUCAUUAAAACUCUUUAAUUUAGAAAUUGUACAUCUUAGAACAAAUAGUAAAUAA